UCCUGAGAUGUAUUGCAGUUAAAGUGAAAUUGAAAUAGUGUCCAUAGUAGCAGCCUGUGGUUAAAGUGACUGUAGAUUAUAAUAGUUUAAAACUAAGGUGCAGUGAUCCAACAAUAAAUAAGUAUUCAAUUAUUACAUGAAAUAAUCAGGUUGAGUAAUUUUCUAAGACUUAAAAAAUAUAAGUGCUUCAACUGGAGCUUCUUAACCCUCGUGUCGUCCUGCGGGUCAAAAUUGACCCGUUUUAAAGUUUGAAAAUGUGGAGAAAAAAAAAUUUUCACAGUGAAACUUCUGAUGUCCACAUUUUCAACAUUUCUGGGAAAUCUUUGAACAUUUUUUGGUGGAAUAAAAAAGAAAUUUUAAAAAUGUUUCUUAAGAACAUUCUUAAACAAAAUAUUAGAAGUUUUACUGAUAUAUGCAAUCACUUUGGAUAGUUUUAGGAUUUUUUGGAAGAUUUUUAUUCGUUUCUUGAAAAUAUUUACAAGAAUUUUCUUGCCAAAUUUGGGGGAUAAAAAAAAAAAAAACUUUAAGGGAAACUUUUAAGGAAUUAUUGGAAUUUUCUUCUUGAAGGUUUUGCAAAUUUUCAGAAAUUUGGGGAUUUUUUUUUCAGAAUUUUUGGAUUUCAUUCAGACAAGGAAACAAUAUUUUUUGGUGCCUGUAAAUGAAGACAACAGGAGGGUUAAACACGAAUAGAAUUUCCUCCUACAUUACAGAAAAUUGAAUAUCUUUGAGUUUCGAACAAAACAAGGGUUUUGAGGAUGUCAUCUUGGGCAUAAACCACCAUUUUCAGACAUUUUAAAGAAAGACAAACUAAAUAACUGGUCAAUAAAUCAAUAAAUUAAUCAAUAAAUUAAUCAGCACUUUAAAAAUCUGCAUUAGUCGCAGCACUUAUGUGAUUUUUAUUUGAUUGGUUUAGGCAGUAAAGGAAUUUUAGCACAUUUUGGUUAUUAAUAUGUCAAUAUUAGUAUUGUAUAUGGAGACACAGCACACACUAGUUUCCACAUGAUUUUGUAGUUGUGUUGAUGUCACAAAUGUAUAUUCAAAAAAAUAGAUGUAUGCUUGUUUACUUUAUCUUUUAUGUAAAUAAACUGCAGUUGGUAGGGCUGCCAGAAGGUGGCGCUAGAGGCUACAUGGCUAUAAUAAGCAGAGUAGACGAAGCUGUAAACAAAACCAGUUGUUUGUAUUUUCUGUCACUAAAAAAAAACUCAAAGAAGAAACCUCAUUCACUUUGCUAUUUAUAUUCACACUGUUAUUUAUAUUUGUAAAUAGACUGUUGCACUAUUUUUUAAGAUUUCUUGCACUGAAAAGAAGCUUUCCAAUUUUGUUAUACACUGUAUAAUGACAAUAAAGCAUAUUCUAUUCUAUUCUAUUCUAAACAAACAGAAAAAUUUAGUUGUUUUUUAAAUAAGUUUUAAUUAACCUUUUUUUUAAAAAAUGUUUUAAUCUUGUAUUUUUUGCAGUAAGUCUUUCUCCAAAAAAAAAGCUUUUGUUUUUCAAAAUCUGUUAAGUCUUUUCCCAAUUUUUUGCCAUUUUAAAAACUUUUUCUAAUGCACAUGAAGAAAUCCAGCUAAUAUGUGUUGCAUCAGUUGACAUGAUUUGUCUGCUCCAGAUGCCUAAUCAGUGACAAAAAUGCAAGCUAUUUUCUUUCUGUUUUUCUUACAAUAAUGACAAUAUACACAACAAAUAUUAACCAUUACUAUGUCGAUUUUUGGUGUUUAUAAUUGCAUUUAUUUCCGAGUAGAACACUUGAAAUUUAACCCCAAAAUGCUAAACUAUUGGGUGUUCAAAAAAAAAAAAAAAACAUGUACAAAGAAUUCUGUCAUGUCCAACACUGUUUUCUCUUCUCUGUGCAGCGUACUUUCUCUCAGGUUGUAGGUCUUCCUGGUUGUGUUUCAUUUCUGUUAUCUUUUUUUUGUUUUUAUUUUUUUACACAUUGCUGUUGUUUUUCCUUGAAGGAGGAUAGCUUUCUCUAGUGUCUCUUGUUUAACAGGGGCCAGCAAAAAACGCACCACACAAAGAAGACAACGCCAUAAUUGUUUUCUCACCCUUUUGUAUUUUUAGAUCUCCGGGCACCUUCAUAAAUGACCUUUUUCCCCCCUUAUUCUGUCCACUGUCAGGAAAUGUUACUCUAUGCAAGUGAGGACUACAUUAGAGCCACUUCUUUUAGUGAUGUGGAUUGUGACUUUUUUUAAAAAUGUGGUGCUGAUUUAGUUCACUGAUCAGUGGGAAUAUUUUGUUGGGAUUUUAUAUGUUUAAAAAAAAAAAACAUUAAAGGGUGAAAUAAAACUUGAUAAUUUCUGAUUUAAUGUUUGAUUGUAUGCUGCUUUAAUGUACAUGAAAGAGGUGUUUUAAGAUUCUGCACGACGCUCUCGAGUGCACAAUGUGUUAAUUUGAAGGUGGUAUGUAAUUUGCACAGAUUAUAGGGCCUCAGUUUGGCCUGGCAUCCCAAAAUGAAACAUUUAAAGAAACAAGUUCUGCUUUUCUUGGUACAGGGAGAUGAAUUGUGACCAGAAGCUUUUGAGUUUUGAGCAGAAACUAGGGUAGUUUGUGCAAAAUGAUCAACUGACUGCUGUUUGAUUUCUGUUCUGUAAACCCCAAAAUGCUCUAUCAGUAUUAUUCUCAUCAUCACUGUAACACUGAUUGUACUGUUUGUGAUUAUUUGUAAAGGAAUGUAUCACAAAUAGGACUUUAAAGGAAGUGGAAUCAUUCACCCCAAUGCCCUGCCCCACAGGUUUUACACUGAGGAGACACAGCCGGACGCUGCAAACCGUUUUACUGUCUGAUGGCUGCUGCUGCCGUUGAGAGCUCAGUCUCCUGUUUACUUGUAUCCCAUUUAUUCUGGGGAGUCGGAGGGCCUUUAAUGCUGGCAGGAGUGUUGUUUUGUUCCUGUAAGACAUGUGUGUUGAAGUGGUGUUUAAUAAGGAAGUUGACUCUACUUUUCUUCCCCUCCUUCAGUGAAGAGAAAGUGAAAAUCUUGUUUAACUAGUUUUUUGAAGCGUCGAGUCGUGCGUAGACCUGGAAACCUGAUAUCCCUUGUAAACAUUAGUGGUUCAUGGUGGUUUAUUGUACUGUGAAUUUGUAAAAAUGCCAUUAUUUUUCACAUUCCUGUCACUUUUACCCUUAAAAGCACCUUAUAUUGAUUAGGAUAUCCUUUUGAUUUUCUUGAUCACAGGUGGCAGUGGGUGAAAAAAUUCUAAGUGCACUGAUCAUGUAACUUGAGUGCUGUUUUUGUUUUCUGACAAAGGUCUGUGUAGUCUGUGCUUACUUUGAUGCAGCGUCCGCAUUUAGUUGGUAACCAUGCUAUUUUCGGUGGCUCAGUGGUCUGUUAAAAGUGUGGUUGUUCCGCCCAGCAGGAGUCUUGCCUCAGACUGGCCUAAAAUGGGCAGAAAUGGUGCUGAACAAAAGCUGCUUGUCGCUCGUACAAAAGUACUUGAAGCGUUGCAGCCGGGACCAAGCUGCAUUGCUAUUGCCUGUGCCUCUCAACAGGAAAGAGAGACAACAUGUUCCCGAAGGGCACCAAGCGCAAGUUCUCAGACUCCGGGGAGGAGCCGGUCUCCGGUGGCGACCAGGGCCCUGCAGCUCCGUCUGUGGCAGCUCGGACGCUGUCGUCCUCUUACAGUCUGCAGCGGCAGUCGCUGCUUGACAUGUCGCUGAUCAAGCUGCAGCUCUGCCACAUGCUGGUGGAGCCCAACCUGUGCCGUUCGGUGCUCAUCGCCAACACGGUGCGGCAGAUCCAGGAGGAGAUGACCCAGGACGGCACCUGGCAGAUCAUGACCCAGGCCCUGGCGGCCGCCCAGUGUCCGGCCGACCGCCUGGUGGCCACCGAGGUGCUGUGCAGGCAGACUGAUGCGGCGGCUCAGGCCGGCCAGAGCCCCAAGCCCUUCUCGGUGGUGGGCCUGGAGGAAGGCUACCACUCGGAGGAGGUGGUGAUGGAUGGAGACGUGGAGACGGAGGUCACCAUGUCCACUUUGUCCCCCGUCUCCCCCCAGAUGUCCUCGGCUUCCUACCUGGCGGGGCCAUUCGGCAUGGGGCCCUGCUGGGAGGAGGAGGAGGAGGACGGCGAGUGCGAGGAGGACGAAGAGGAGGACAGCGAGGAGUGUGUGUCGGAGGGCGAGGAGGCCGAGCGGGACCACCUAAGCGCAGACUCCAGGACAGGGGAGCAGGUUUUUGGGACUUUUGAGAUCAAGCACCCAGCGCCACCCCCUGACCCGGCACUGGAGGAACUGUUUUCAGACGUGGACCCGUCCUACUACGACCUCGACACGGUGCUGACGGGCAUGCAGAGCACCCCCAAAAUGGGGCCUUACGACCUGCUGGAGAGCCUGUCCUCCCACGGGCCGACGGCUCUGAGCUCCAGCUCGAGCUGCAGGUCGGACCUGAACGAACUGGACCACAUCAUGGAGAUCAUAGUGGGAUCCUGAAACUCCGAACAUUCCUCUGGCCUGUACUGAUCCCACGGACUCUUUCCAGACUAUGCACAGCUACACGUGUGCAUGUUCUGUAUGUGGUGUUGUUACGCACGGAGAUUGCUGCGGGUUUUUGGAACAAGUUGGGAAAUUAACGGCGAGCCAAGUAGAGCGCGGGGGUCGGCUGCUAGAGUCCGCCUCCUCUAACGGCAAGUUGGCAGCUGCAGUCGGGACCUUUAGUGUUUUAUUCAAAAGUGUCAUUGGCAGUUAAAGAUUGUGAGAUUAAUGAAUUGGGGAGGGGGGGGCGUGUACCAGCAGCGCGGUUAGUUUCCCACUUUGUUGCUGAACUCCAAAACUCGACAAGAUCUGUGAGAAGGCAAAGAUAAUUACCUUAUACAUGAUGCAUUCUUAUUUACGUACUUUCCAUGUUUACGUCUGUCAUACAUUCUGUCUUACUAGCUCCUUCUGGUCAUUCUGUCCAUUUCUAUUUAUUGUUAUAUGGACCGAGGAACAAUUCAUCACACUACACGCAUCGGAAAACCAGAACAAAUUGUAAAUCCAAAUCUAUGAAUCAAUGCAUAUUUUCCUAGAGAUAUGAGCAAUUAUGAAUGGAAUAUAUGUAUAUGUACGUAUGUGUAUAUAGAAAUAUAUUUUUUGCAUUAUACAGCUGGGGGAUUUUUUGCAAGCAUCAUUUGAUAUUAUUAUUUUUCUUCCCUCCCAAGCGGUUUUUAAGAUUAUAAUGUAGCCAGACUCGAGACAGUGUCUUCCCAUGGUUUGGUAUAACAAGUCGACUGUAACAGGUGACCGGCAUCGUCACUCUCUCUAGGCGCUGUUCCUUUUCAUUUCCUUAAAAGCUUUACGUGGGGCGGGGAAGUGACUGUCGGCCACCAACCGGAUCGUGGUGGAAUAAAUACGUCAUUUCCCCGCUCUGCUUUCAGUACAGAUCCAAUAACAACAAUAAUAAUAAUAAGCAUCAGCAGCUUUUUAUUUUUUUUCCCCUGAAGCAUUUGGAGAAACCCCGGGGUGAUAACUGCAUCAACAAGAAGCCAUAUUUCUUUCUCACGUUUGUCACCGCAAACGUGGAACUCUGUGUGUUAACCCAUCUAAUUUAUUGUUUUAUUUAUUGUAUUUAUUGUAUCUAGGUACAGACAUGCCAUAUUGACUUAUCAAUUCAACCAUGAUGCCCGGUGAAAUUAUAUUUAUCCAAAUUUUGCCCUCUGUUUUGAAUGCAGUACCUAUUUAUUCCUCUUUUUUUUAAAUUAUUAUUAGUAAUAAUAACAACAACCGGGUUACUAUUCAAAUUUACUAUGCAGCUCUGUUAUACGUGUUUCAAAAUGACUGUAUACAGCUCAAAAGUCCUUUAAUUCCUUUUAUGCAAACAGUUGCCUUUUCUCCUGAAUAUGUGGAAAAAUCAAAUGCAUUUUUCAAAAACAAAAAAAAAUAGUCGCAUAUCGUCAUGAUGAAGAGAUUAACUCAGGCAAACAAGAUGUAUUGACUAAAAUACAGUAUUACGACACGCUUAAUACCUUACCACAACACUCCUGAAGGAUGUCACUCUGGUCUGAAUGGGAGCUAGAACUUCAAAGACUAAUUAUCGUUGUAAAAUGUAUGCAUUUUUUUAUAUUAAAAACAAAAAACAUUGUAGCAUCUUUGUAAAUAUUUUUUAUAAUAAAAGGUGCAACUAUUGA